AUGAAUCCCAAACACCCCAAACACCCCACCCACCUCCUAAACACCCUCAUGACCCUCUCCGAACGCCUCAUGCUCUCCUGCCGCAGCUGGAAGAUAUACGAUAUCAACCUCGCAGCCACCUGCGACGAUAUCCAGCAGGUGCUGUUCUGCCUGCGCUCUUUGGCUAAUGUAUGGCGAGGAGGGGCGGGAGGAGGAGGAGGAGGAGGUGGUGGUGGUGGUACUGUUGACGGCCAGACUGUGGAUGUCAUAGACGAUAAUGUAUACCAUUGUCAGCGUGCUGUUUAUGAUUUUGAGACGAGGGUGUUGUCUGUGAGGGCUGGGGUGGGAGAGGAGGAUUUAGGAUUCCCGGUGUCUAUACGGUGGUGUCCAUUUGAUCGAGUGGCGCAUGGCGCGUUGAAAUGUGUCAUUGAUGAGUUGCAGCUGGUUAUUUCUGUGGCUGUUGAUGUGUUUUUGCUUGCGGGGGGUGGGCGCUCUGAUGAUCAUGGGGAUUGUGAUGAGUGGAAGCCAUUGUUCAGCUCACCAUCUACAACUACAGCAUACAACUCACAGCAGAAGCAGCAACCGAACCGCAAAUGGGCCCUGGUAACCGACAUCGACGGCUGGCUAGGCAAGGUCACGAACAAGGAGGUCGAUUGGGACUAUUGGCAUGCCAUCAUCGAUGAGUACUAUUACCCUGCAGACCACCACCACCACCUCUCACUCCCAAUCCCCAUAUCAGGCUGUGUUUCCAACAGCGGCGAUGACGAUAGUGAUGGUGCUGGUGCUGGUGAUGGUGGUAGCGCUAGCACUGCCGCUAGCGACGGCGAAUGGCCCAGUACAUCCAUCAUUCGCGAAUAUCUAGACAGCCCGCCGCGCGAUGCCUCUUUUCAAAAGCGGUGUAUCGAAACCGGUGACAGGCGGGAUGAUUGGUGUUUUGAUGAUAUUGGCGAGCUUAGUGGUGGGUUAGGAUAG